AUGGAUUUGUUUUUUUCUGGAAACAUCAGUGGAGCCAGAGCCAGUCGACUCUGCGAAAAUGCUGGGCUCGCAGGCGCCAAGGGGGUCAAAGAUCUGGCCCAGGCUAAGCAGGGAAGCAACACUGCCAGGAACUUGCUUCGGCGCAAUCUUCGCCGAACACCGUGGCCGCCGCCAUAUGAGUGCCAAGUCCGGGGCAAGAAUCCAAGGACUGGCAAGGAGGACCUCUACACCCUGGCCUUCAUGCUUCCGCACGAAGUGCUACACGUUCUCCUGGAGUCUAACGAUAUUUCGGAAAUCAGAAAUCAACAAGCUCGGAUUCCCAACUUGCAAGAGCAACUUCAAGAGCACGGCAAUGAUGUCCUGCUGUUGGGGCUGUGGCUAGACGGUGUACCGUUUAGCUCAGACCGUAGCCAGACACUGCAGUGUGCAACUCUCAGCUUGCCAGGGCUUACAGAUGCUGGCGACUUUCGCUUUCCACUGACAGGGUUUCCAAAAUUCUUUCAGAUGCCUGAAGCUACCUGGGAUGAUGUCACGGCUAUCAUUGCUUGGUCGAUGAGAUGCUGUUAUACUGGCUUCUUCCCGUCCUUCCGUCACGACGAGUCUCGUUUCCUUGGCAACGACAGCUGGCGAAAGAGGAGAGCCUCGCAGCCGCUAGGCUGCCGGGCAGUCUUGGCGGAAGUGCGGGCGGAUUGGUCGGCAUACCAGGAAGUGUUGCGACUACCUGGCUGGACUGGCAACGGCCCAAUCUGCUGGUUUUGUCAAGCGACUUUGCAAGAUCUACAUGAUGUUGACGAGAGCAGCUCUUGGAGGACACUUUGCUCCAGGAGGAGCUCGCGCCUGUCGCAUUACCAGUUCCUGGCCAGGCAGAUCUCUGAAGGCAAAAACAAGAAGUGGCCCAAGUUGCGGGCUAAAGCCGGCGAGGCUCGCGACCUCAUCGGAUUCGCCAAGGAAUGCGCUGAAAGGCACAUGGGCAAUUCAGAUUUCGAGCGAACGGUGAGGCAGACUGCGAAGCAUCUGCACAGUUGCUAUGAGUUCUUGUCCGAAAGGCAUUGGGAUGCCGAGAAGUUUCACAAGACAAAGCCCAAGAUGCACCUGCUUCUCGAGCUGGGCCGCCAAAAGCGCAGGCCCAGCGAGACGUGGACGUAUCGAGACGAGGGCUUCGGUUGCCAACACUGGCCUGAGCUGCAGACUUGCACGGAUGCGGAAAAACAACCGGACUACGACUUCCAGCGGGGCGUGAAGGACCCGUGCGUGUACCUAGACCGCCGGUCCGGCCUAAUCCUUCUCCACCACGACGACAUCCGUGUCGCAGGCCCCAAGGCCGCAGUGCUGAAGUUCACGGAGGUGGACCUUCCGACGCACUGUGAGAUAACGGUGGGAGAACUGGAGGAGCCGGGCACAGCGGUGGAGGUCCUGGGAAGGACCAAGGUGCGCACAGAGGACUCUAUCCUCACGCUGCCCGACAGCAAGCACGCAGAGAAUGUGUGCGAGCAGCUGGGCAUCGGUCCAAAAGACAAGGGGACCGUGCCUAGCAGACCUCUAGACCUGACCAAGGUCGAGGAGCUCUCUGCGGGUGACGCCGCGAGGUUCCGCAGCGCCGUGGGUAGUGCUAUCUACCUGUCGGCGGACAGGCGAGACAUACAGUUCGCCGUGAAAGAGCUGGCACGAAGGAUGCAGAACCCCCAGGGUCUGCGACUGGCUCGCUGCGGAAACCCUCGCGCGAUACCUGCGGGCGACCCCGUCUACUCCGACUCCGACUGGGCAGGGUGCCCAGAAACGAGAAGGAGCACAGACAACAUAGUUGCCUGUCUCGGGGGAGCAGUCAUCCAGACAAGCUGCCAGACACAGCCCGGCCUCCCAGCCACCUCCAGCGGAGACGCGGAGAUCCGGGGAGUGUCGCGAGCAGCAAGGGAGGCCGUCUUCCUACGAGAGCUUGCGGAGAAAGACUUCGCCCCAGCCUGCGGCUUGCCGCGGCUCUGGGCCGACUCCGCAGCUUCGAUCGGAGCCGCCAAACGCAUAGGACCAGGGUCCAAGCUGAGACACCUGGAAGUCGCGGAAUUCUUUGUCCAAGGCGCGCUCAGAGCCAAACUUUUCGAACUGAGAAAAGUUAAGGGAACCGAAAAUCCGGCAAACUUCGCUACCAAGCACUCGAAGACUGGACCGGAGGUGCGGCAAUCCCUGCCCUCCAUGGGCAUGGUGGACCUCGAUGCGGUCGCAGGCGCCACCGAGGCUCUGGCCCAAAAGGGCACGAUCAAGUCGAUCCAGGCCCAAGGGCACGACUUCGCAGAGCUGGUGCUCGGCUUCGCGGCCCUAGGCUUCCUGGCCUUCCUGUGGAUGCUUUGGGGUUUAGUCUCCUGGCUCUGCAGGUGCAGACGUGACAGGCAGGAGCCGGAGCUGGAGGAUGAGAUCGAACACCACGCCGAGCGUGCCGAAGAGCCGCCGCGUGCAGCUCAAAGGGCCACUGAGGUCUGGCUAGGGCCAGAAGCGCCCCAAGAGGCGCAAGAGGAAAGGAGGGAGCAACAGCCUAGGGGGGCUCAGGAUCCUCAGAACACCGAGUUCCUCUGGACCGGGUUCGCCUUUCAAGUGGCCACCGGCCGCGUCGUGCGCCGGUACCAUGGCCAACAGCGCGGUUGCCCAUUCAUGGAAGGGGCAACGAUCAGACACAGGGUGUGUCUCCACUGCCGCAACGGGCACCAAAGCACCAAGCCCGGCAGUGCGGUGAACAACUCCCGCCACUGGGAGCCUCCACCUUGA